GAUCUAUACACAAAAGAGGCCUACCGCAUUAACCAGCACAUCAGCAGCCUCAAGCGAUUUCUUCUCUCCAUCCGACGCGCUUACUUAAGUACAGACGUUAGACAUUCAACCCGUAAGCAGCCCCCAAAGCCAAUAAAACCUGCGCAGGAUGGUUCUCUAUUUUCCAUGUUUCCUGCAGAUGUACAGCAGCUAACUGACCGAGAACGCGAUGAGAUUGAUUUUCAAGCUAAGCUUGUCAUUCGACAAUCUAUGGAUCGCAUCAAAGAUCUCGAAGAAGCCGAAAAAAUACGUCAAGAGACCGAAGCUGCUAAACCCUCCACUCGUCUAAUGUCCCUUUUUAAUACUCUUUCAAACACGCAAAGUACGACCGAAGAUAUUCUUGGGAUACACAGAAGUAGUAUCACUUGGUUACUCAACAAGCGACUGAUGGAAGUAUCAAAUCUACAGAAAAACCAGCAAGAAAUACGUCUUCGUCGUGAGAUAGAAAAGAGCGAAAAUCAACUCUUUCGCUCUACUGCCUUGGCUGCACCAUCCGCCCAAGACCAGGCCUCCUCUAGCUCAUUUAAGCCUACCAAAUCAACAGUCGCAGAAACAUGGCAGUCUACACCUGUGCCUGACCCAGAACCAGAGGAAAUGGAUGCAUUUGAAGAGCAAAUAUCCCAGGAACAACUUCAGAUGCUUGAGAAAGAAAAUUCGGUUAUGCUCGAAGAUCUCAACAAUACCCUCAACCAGGUCCGGACUGCAGAAAAGGCUCUUUUAGAGAUUUCUAAUCUCCAAUCGCAGCUCACACAUCAUCUGGCUGUUCAGACGCUUCAAACAGAACGAUUGUAUGGCGACUCGAUAGCAACCACUGAGCGAGUCGAGCAAGGAAAUUUACAGCUGAUACAGUCAAGGGAGCGU